GUUAUCGCCUCGAAAUCAUCAGUCAACACACAAAUGCCUCCGCGCGUCCACCGGAGUGCACAACAGCUAUCGCCAAAACUGGAGAAGGCGCUGAAGGAAGUCCCAGUUUUGAUAGCUCGCAUGCUGGCCUCGCCCUCUGAGGCACCUAAGCAAGCCGCUGAACAGCUGUUGGCGUGGUUCCGGUAUCUGAUUGAUGUAUUGACGGGUGCGGAAGAUGUCGCCUGCGACUUGCAGGCAAUCCAGCUGCUCAACGCGCUGGGCGGCCACAAGGAUAGCUUCCUCGCCAGCAUGCUCCAGCUGCUCGCGACAGGCACCCGAAUGGCCGUGCUGGGGGAGGACGUGUGCUCCUACUGUGCGUGUCGCUGCCUGGACUUCCUAGUCCUCUGCUGGCACUUCGCAGCCAGCCCGCAGCCGCUGGCUGCUGCUGGCCGUGACGCGGUCCUGCGCUCCCUGCUCGCGGUGGUGCGCAUGGGCACCUUCCAGGCCCUGGCGCGGCAGGCGGCGGACGCCACGGCGGCGCUGCAGAGCCACGCGGCAGGCGGCAGUAGCAGCCUCGCGGACCGGGACCGCAUGCUGCGGCACGCGCGUGUGGGCAUCACGCUGGGCACCGACCUUCUGGACUGCUGCGUCGAAGUGCUGACAAAAAUACAGGAGGUCGCGCAGGGGGGCGGGCUGCCCGCCGCAGUGGCGGCUGGCACCCCCUCGCAGGCCAGUGGCAACGGCAGCGGUGGCGGCAACGGCGGUGACCGCGGUGGCGGCGGUGGUGGUGGCGGUGGCACCCAGCCCGCCCAGCUGCUUGGCCUAGCUGACUUCUACAGGCAGUACGCGCCGGAGCUGCUGGCGGCCCUGGUGGACAGCGGGGUGGUGGAGCAGCAGGCGCGGCUGCUGCUGGCGCUGGUGCCGACGCUGUCGCCGCCGGGCGGCUGCGCGGCAGCGGUGCUGCUGGAGCUGGCGCCGGUGCCGUCGGCUUACUUCAGGUUUGACGGCGCGCUCAUCAGGUUCAAGCUCGCCAUUCAGAGGCUGCGCUCGCUGCUGCCUGCGUUCGCUCAGCACGCGACCAUGGCGGCGCUGCUGCCUGGCGACGACACCGCCGCGGUCGUCGCCCGCAUGCGCCGCCACGUCACCCGCCUCCUCACCGGCCCCUGCUACCAGUACUGCAGCCUGUCGCUGGGGCUGGUGGCGCUGUGUGCCGCUGACGCCGGCCGCAGCUACGGCGCGCCGGCGGAGCUGCUGCGCGGCCUGGCGGAGUGCUUUGACCAGCAGGGCGCCAGCGGUGGCGGCGGCGGCGGCGGCGGCGGCAGCCCGGCAGGGCGCUCCGCUGCGCCGCCGGCUGCAGCGGCAGCAGGGACCGCAGCCGCACCCAGGUUGCUGGGUAUGACCGUGGGCAUCGACUUGAUGCUGCAAGCCGCCAUGUUGCCGCCGGGAGCGCAGGCGGUCGUUGCCGACGCCCGCUGCUUUCCGGAGGAGUCCGGGCAAGGCGCGGACGGCGGUAUGGCGGCCGCGGCCGCAGACAACAGGCCGCACACGCUGCCGCUGCGCGCGGCCCUGGACAUCGGCCUGCGGGCUGGCGCCUUGGCGGCGGCCUCGGCGGCGUAUCACGCAGCUACGCAGCACGACGGGCGAGGGCGCGGCGCGGCGCCGGCGGGUGCGCUUGCGUCGGCGUGGGCGUCCCUGUGUAGCGCCGGCAGGAGUGCGGGGCAGCAGCGACCGUCGCCGGCUGCUGCCCUGCCGCGUGCCCUGCUGCGGCCGCGGGAGCCGGUGCGCACGGGGGUGCAGGCGCUGCUGCUCGCGGGUGUGUGCUUGGAACCUGUGCACUCCAGUGGCGUGGACCUGGCAUUGGACGCGGCGGCCGCCUUGGCGGCCGCCAGGCAGUGGUGGCGGCAGCUGGCGCUGCUCCUCCGUCACGGGCUGGGAGGCGCGAGCCCGGACGAGAGCAGGGAGCUGCUGAGCCUGCUGGUGUCCGGCAUGGAGGCGGUGCACACGUCGCUGAUGAUAACGGGCGAGGCACCCAGUAGCCCUGGUGGCGGCAGCUGGCCGGCGCCCGCCGAGGACUGGGGUGGGAGCGCGCACGCGGCGGUGCAGACUUCUGCGCCGCCGGGCAGCAGCGGCGGGGCGGCGGGCGCGGCGGCUGAAGACGGGGGAGCAUCAGUGCAGCCGCCCCAGCAGGAGGCGCUGGGCAACGGGCGUUGCGGGCGGCUGUCGCCGCUGUGUGGCGGCUUGCGGGCGGAGCUGUCCGCGGGAGGCCUGCUGCCCUGCCUGCUGGAGAGCGCGUUCCGUCGCAUCGCACGCAAUGAGCUGCCGUACGGCGCAGACCGCGGCGACCUGGCAAAGCAGCUGACAGACUCGCUACUCAACCGCACGGGGCUCCUGGCGUGGCUGCUGGCGGCCGCGCCGGCGCGGGAGGCGGCAUCGCUGAUUGCGACGCUGGGCAAGGCCCUGCGGCAAGAGUUGAGCGCGUGCCCCCAAACCCGCUGCGCCAGCAGCCAUCCUGCAACCCAGCAGCUGCUCCUGCAGACGCUCGACAGCUGCCGCCUCGCGGCCCGGGUCCCUUCUGCCGUCACUGAGGAGGAGGCUGUCGGGCCCCGGCUCCCCAGGGACGACUGCCAGCAGGUCGUGGGGCAGCAGGCAAAAGGGCCGGAGCCGCUGGACGCGGCGCUGGGCCGGGGCGCUGCGGUGGCGGCAGCUGCCGGCGGCCCGCAGGGCGCGGGACAGGCGACUGCGCCGGAGCACGCAGCCGACUGCUGCAAGUGGUUGCGCCCAGCCCUGGUGUCGCCGGAGCACAAGUCCGCACUGCAGGCGCUGAUGGCGCAGCAGUGGCUGCCGGCCCUGGCCGAGCGGAGCCGCCACAAUGUGCGGUUGCUGGAGGCGCGGCGGCACACGAUAUUUGACCGCGUGAUGCGCGGCGUCAGUGCGUCGGCGGGCUGGAGCGAGUCGUGCUGCCUGGGCUGGAUGACCAUGCUGAUUGAGCAGUCGGGGGUCGUCAGCAGGCGGGGCGGCUGUGGAGGAGGCGGCGGCGCAGGCGCAGGCGCUUCCGGCGCUGCGGGCGGCCGUGGCAGCAGCAGUGGCAGUAGCAGCGGCAGCAGCAGUGGCAGUGGCAGUAGCAGUAGCAGCACUCCUGCUGGCGGUGAUGACGCGGAGGGGUGGGACCCCGAGGGGCGCCGCUUCGUUCUGAACGACCUGUGCGCGGCGCAGCAGCUGCAGUCGGGGCUGCGUGCCCACAACACCAUGCGCCACUUGCGAUUCCCCGACGCGCCGUCUGCCCGCGCGGCGCUGGCGCCGGUUGUCGCGGAGGCGUGUGUGGCCUACGCCGCGCUCGCUCCCGAGGAGUGGCGGUCGUGGGUGCUGGCGGAUGCCGAAGAGCCGUGGGUGAGCUACCUGGAAGCUGUGCGAAACGACAUCCACACGAUCUCGGCCUGGCCGUGUGGGGCCGGCGCGCAGUACCGGGCGCCCUUUAUGAAGCUGGUGGCUUGGGCCGAGGGCAUGUGCAGCGGCGACGAGGCGCGGCAGCGCAGGCAGGCCGCGGCCUGGGGUGGCCUUGUGGCCAAGGUGCGGGCGGCGGUGGCGGCGGUGGCGGCGGUGCGGGCGGCGGGGGCCGCUGGUGAGCCGGGCGGGCAGGCGGUGUCGUUGCCGCGGCUGUGCUGCAACCCGGCCUGUGCCGUGCUGGAGGGCGACUGCGAGGCGGAGCGGCCGCUGCUGAGCUGCGGCGGCUGCGGCGGCGCGGCUGUGUACUGCUGCAAGGACUGCCAGGUGGCGCACUGGCGGGCGGGGCACAGGGCGGCGUGCGGCCAGCAGCCGGAGCCCAGGGGCAGUGGCGGCGUGUAGAGGAGCGAAGUGUACGGCACUGUACGGUACAAAGUGUACGGUACUGAGGGUGCAUGGGUUCCUAACGAUGUAUGGGCUGAUU